ACACCGGGUCACUGAAAGGGUACGGGGUGGGAAAAAUAAGAGAUAAAGACGGAAAGAAGAAUUCCGGGGAGAUAGAGUGAGACAGGGGGACCCAGCGAGAAACAAAAGACGAGGCAAAUGCCUCUUUAAAGAUUUUCCCUUGGAUGAAAGGACGAAAAACGAUUAGGAUUCGUCUGUUGAUCGAUAGAACUGAGGCAGAAACACAGAACCCGUAAUUGCCAACGGAACCGACAUAGUCCCAUCAUUAGACAUAAUGGGAGCGCGUAUCAGACGUUACUCUGACGUCAUGGCCCUGCCAGAUUCGUUCAUCCAGAAACAGCAGCUGGACGCUUCCAUGGCUGACACCUUCCUGGAGCACCUCUGUCUCCUGGACAUCGACCAGGAGCCAAUCACAGCCCGCAACACAAGCAUCAUCUGCACCAUCGGCCCCGCCUCUCGUUCGGUGCCUAAACUCCAGGAGAUGGUGAAAACCGGGAUGAAUAUCGCCCGUCUUAACUUCUCUCACGGUUCUCAUGAGUAUCAUGGUGAGACGAUCCGUAACAUCCGUGAGGCUGUGGAAACGUUGACCUCUGACCCGCUGUGCUAUCGGCCCGUGGCCAUUGCUCUGGAUACGAAGGGUCCAGAGAUCCGAACAGGGCUGGUUAGAGGGCGUGCAGAGGAGGAGGUGAAACUGGAGCGAGGGGCGUCGGUGCGGGUGGUUACCGCGGAAGCGGACCGGGAUAAGACGGAUGGCUCAGUCAUAUGGGUGGAUUAUUCCAGUCUUCCCAAAGUGGUCAAACUGGGUAGCAGAAUCUUCAUUGACGACGGCCUGAUUGGCCUCAAAGUACUCAAUAUAGGUGAGGACUGGGUGGAGACUCGGGUGGAGAACGGCGGCACCCUCAGCAGCCGAAAGGGCGUGAACCUGCCGGGGGCGGAGCUUAUCAACCUCCCGGCCGUGAGCCAACGGGACGAGGCGGAUUUGCAGUUUGGGGUGGAGCAGGGCGUGGACAUGGUCUUCGCCUCAUUCAUCCGCUGCGCCGAGGAUGUGCAGGCCGUCCGACAGGCGCUGGGACUCAAGGGCAAAAACAUCAAAGUCAUCAGCAAAGUGGAGAGCAGACAAGGAGUGCUGAAUUUCGAGGAGAUUCUAAAGGAGAGCGAUGGAGUGAUGGUUGCCCGUGGCGACCUGGGGAUUGAGAUUCCCGCAGAGAAAGUCUUCAUCGCUCAGAAGAUGAUGAUCGGACGCUGCAACUCAGCCGGAAAACCAGUCAUCUGUGCCACGCAGAUGUUGGAGAGUAUGGUGUCUCACCCCAGGCCUACGCGGGCAGAGAGCAGUGACGUGGCCAACGCGGUGCUGGACGGUGCUGACUGUGUGAUGCUCUCUGCUGAAACAGCCAAGGGACGUUUCCCCGUGGAGGCAGUGGCCAUGAUGCACUCGAUCUGUCGGGAGGCGGAGGCAGCUAUAUUCCAUCAGCAGCUGUUUGAGGAGCUGCGGCGUUUGACCCCUCUGUCCUCUGACCCCACAGAGGUCACGGCUAUAGGCGCAGUAGAGUCCUCAUUCAAAUGCUGUGCGGGAGCCAUCAUAGUACUCACCACCUCUGGCAGGUCGUCUCACCUGUUGUCACGGUACCGGCCUCGCUGUCCUAUCAUCGCCGUGACGCGGAACGCUCAGGUCGCUCGCCAGUCACAGCUGCUGCGGGGUGUUUUCCCCGCCCUCUUCCAUGACCCGCCCGCCAAGGUCUGGGCCGAUGACGUCGACGACCGUGUGACCUUUGGCAUGGACAUAGGUAAAGCAAGAGGUUUCUUUAAACCCGGUGACAUGGUGAUUGUAGUGACUGGAUGGAGCCCAGGAUCCGGACACACCAAUAUCAUGAGGGCCGUCACUGUGCAAUAAAACCCCUGCUCUGAUUCGUUAGAGGCUUUGACUGACAGUCUUGUGAGCCAGUGACAAACUAACCGACCGACUGAUUCACUAAUGUCCUGACUGACUCACUCACUUACAAUAACAAUGACUCAGGCAUUCAUUUUUAUGCAGUGGAAAUAAAACUCACUAAUUCAAUUCACAAACUAAACAUAUAAAUAAACUCAAAAAGAAAAUGUCACAAAAAUGACCUUUUGGUAGGGAGGAAAACCUUUAUAGUACGCGUCACCGUUGCACAAUAUGACACAGCUGUGUCUAAGCUUCAUCAAUGGUGUGACACAGCAGUUUUGCUUAGAUGGCUGUGCUAUGUCAGCAGUACAUCAAAACUAUGUCACCUCUAUGGUAUUGUUAUGUCACUGCUAUGAUGUGGCAAUUUCAGUUAUCAGUCAGCACCAUGUCAAAACUAUGUCACCUCUGUGUCAUUGUUAUGUCAUUGCUAUGUCACUGUUAAGUCACUGCCUUGUAACACAACUGUUCUGUUAUCGUUAUGUCAAAUGCUGUGUCAACCUCUCUGUCAUUGUUUUGUCACUGCUGUUUGCCUGAUACUGUAGUGCCAGUGUUUGGAUUCAGUUUGUUCACAGUGAAGUCAUAAUGAGCUUUCGUGAUGAUGUCACUUCCUUUUACGUCAUUAUGUCACUGUGAUGUCACAGGUAUGUCACUGCAGAGUCACUUUUGUGCCAGUAUUCCAUCACUCACACACAAGUCAGACUGUCAUCAGUGAGCCUUUAUUAUGACAUAAUUCUCACACACUGGAUCAGAAAUGAUAAUGAGAUUUUCAUUGGCAUUUUACCAUCAAGUGUAAGUGUUUAAGCCUGGGAAUAUGGGACGUGCUUUGGUGAAUUUUUGGAUCGCAGUUUCAAUAAGAUUUUAAUGGUUGUUUUGAUGUGUGUGUGUUUGUUUGUAUUUGUAUGUGUAUGUAUGUUUGUGUGUGUGUUAUAGAGAGUAUGAGUCAUUAAUCACCACAUCUCUCCCUCAAAAUAAAUUUUGAUGAAUGAACCAGA